CCUGGUACAUCCUUGAGAAGAAGCUGACAGAUCCAAAACAAUAUCUCUAUCAGAAGAGAAGUCAGGGAGAAAUCUGAAGAAGAAAUGUGAUUUUUAUCGAUGUUUUUCAAACAUUUCGACGUGGAAUAACGCUUAGGUCAAAAGAGUAUUUACUGUUUCAUUGUUUAAUAUAGUUUUCCACUGUCAAAUAUCUGCGAGGAGAGUGGAAUAUUGCUAAAAACACGGAAAGAAUUGAAACCCAGCUGCUGAGCUGGCUUUGUUGAAGGGAAAGUUAGAGCGGAGGAGAUCUGCUGUACUGAGCUCAGUUCAGCAGUGUCAAGCUAAGCCUAAUUGCUCGUGCCUGGAGAAUGACAAUCUACCUGCUAUUGAAACCUGCUUGAAAUAUUGAGAGAUAAGGACAUUGCUGGGCCUAAUUGCUGGUUCUGAUUCAAGAAAAAUAAGGCCAGAAGGUGAGAAGGGGGAGAAAGAUUGAUUCUCCAAUUGACUGUUUUACUGGGAGUAUUUUUGCUGAAUGAGUUUCAAUGUGAGGGCUGGAACAUACAAGUCAGAGGACGCAGAGAAUAGUGUAACCAUGGAGAUGUAUGAUGACUAUGGCCAGUCAGACAUUUUCAGCAACCUGACAAAUCCUGAGCAUGCUCUUCAAUCACCCAACGCCCUCCUGCUCUCGACCUCACAGAAUAUCUACAUGUAUGAGCAGGAUUGCAAUCCAUCCAGUACUAAACAGGAGUCUGUGCCAGGAAAAGCUAGUUGCGUAGGUCUCAGUGAUAAUGUCUUUGAGUUUCCGAACCCGGAGGAGAUGGCACAGCUGGGAUGUAGUCCGGUGGUCGAUAACUGUUGGCCUGACACCCCCCUCCUAGCUGGGUCCCUUGAUGGCUCCCUCAAUGAGAGUGGAGUGUGCUUCAGCUGGGACCUGAGUGACGAUGACCAGGAAGGAUUGUUCCCUGUUGAUGCCAGUCCAUUCUGUUCUGCACCAACAUUGGCAGAAUUGAACCUUGAGGAUACACAGUCUGUUGACAAUGGUGUGAUUGGGAAGAGGAAGGCAGAGGAUCAGUCCUUGACAUCGAUGAUGCCAUUAGGCCAGCAAGAGAUGUCUUUGUCACCGCAGAGCUGGAAACGAGUCAAGACAGAGGCUGUAGAGUUGGCUAGUGUAGACAAGAGGACAAAGACAUCAGAUGUACCUAAGCUGAGCAGUUCAAGACCAGGAUUGUCUAGGAAAUCCUCCAAAACAAAGUCAUCAAAACCUCUCACGCCAAAGAACGGCAGGACACACGAGAGCUCUAAAACGUCUGCAGAUGCGAAAAAGUCUGCUUUAUCAUUCAGGAAAGUGCAUCCAUCCAAGAUAGAUUUCACAGAGUUAUUCUGGAAGCGUUACAGGAGCAGAGAAUCAAUUCCGUCCCCAACCAAAGAGAUGUCUCGCAGUGAACUGAUUGCCAGGACUCCAAACCCAUUUGGUAAUAGGAGAUUCCUGGGAAGGAAUGCAUUGCUGAAAGUCAAAACACAGUCAUCUCCUAAGGUGGCUCAGACCCCGAAAACAGUUGGAAGAACAGUCAAGCCCAAAACAAACCACAGGGCCAGAACUAAGAAACCUAGUACUGUGGCCCAGAAAAAGAAGAAAAACAAGCCUCUAGCCCUUGUGACUUCAGACGAUUCAAGCCAGGAUAGGCUUUGGAAUGAUCUGAAGGUAUUCAUGUAUGGUGAUCAGGAUCGAUCUUCAAAGAAAAAGACGAUUGCUCCUCAUAGGACUCUACUGCCUGAGCUUGAUUUGAAAUCAGAGUCGAGUAAAUCACCUCGGACUAACAUGAGCAGUGACCCAGGCUUUGACUCCCAUGACGAGGGUCUUGGCAGUGAGAAUGAAGAUCAUGAUGACUUCGUGAGCGAUGAUUCUGACGACGAUGACGACGAUGACAUCCAGGAUGAUGCAAGUGAUUUGUCUGAUGAUCCUGGGCUACCAUCGACAAGCACGAAGCACUCCUCGGGAAAGGAUUCCGCCGGUUCUUUGGCAACCAGACGUAGAAGGGUCAAGACACGACGCAGCGAGUACGACGACUUCACCCCUAACCCUCGCAAGCUCCUGAACAUUGGCCAUGAACUCAACAAGCUGAACCUAACGAUCAGCUCGCUUUGUCCAGGUAACGAAGCAUCAAAUGAUGAGAAGAAUCAAACUAGAAGGGAGAAAAACAAGCUAGCAUCAAGGGCAUGCAGACUCAAGAAGAAAGCCCAGCAUGAAGCUAACAAGGUCAAACAUUGGGGGCUCGUUGAGGAAGCAAAGCAACUAAAGCUUGUUCUUGGGAGCAUGAGAAAGGAAAUGAUCACCCGUCUUGAUAGGCCCAAAGCAUCAUGGGAUUACAGCCUUGGGGCCAAACUUGAUCAUCUAAUCAAGAAUUCUCUUGGUCAUAUGGUAGCCGGUCAUACGUCAGAGUUUGUCAAUUCAGUCUUGGAGAAAACAGCCAAGGGAAUCCCCCUCUCCCAUCUCAGGCCAAAACUAUCCUGAACUUUGAACUUUGACCCCCAAGCUGAAGUUUGACCCCCUUUACCCUUCCAGAGGCAUUUAAUGCAGGAUGCUUAUCAACAAGGAUCUGUGUUGUGAAUCAAGCAGCAGAAGCAUUUCCAACACAAGCUGGAAAGUCAUAGCGGAUGGUGUAAACCGAUUUGGAAGCAUUACAGUCAAAUGUAAUUUUGGUUCUACGAGAAGAGGAAUUAUUACCAUUAUUAUUUCAAUUGGAGCAGAGAGAUAUUCUCAAAUUUUCAUGAUUUCUUUUUAGUCCUUAAAUAUUUUCUCCCUAUUACGUAAAAUUUCAAAGUACAUUUGUAUUUAUGGUACAUGCAGUGGAGCUGCUGUAAUAUAUGUUGUGUCUUGUGAGGUCAGAAAUCACUAGUGAAAUACAUUAAAUGUAUGCCCCUUGAAUAGCCUCCAUUAAUCAUCCUGUUGAUGCUAUUGAAUUGAUGGAUAUUACCUUAGCAGUAUAUAUCACAUCGGUUUGUAAAGAAUCACAUCCAUGCACAGAUGUUGAAACAAAAACUGACCAUGACUCAUCUUACAUAGUGAGUGAGAAUUUAAGCGUGAUAUAAUAAACAAGUACUACAUAAUUUUUGUUUGGAUAUAUUUCAUUGUAAAUCUUAUUACUAAAAUUGUGUGCAUUUUGUGUCUGACAGAUGCCUGCCAUAUAAGGGGGCAUGUCACAUUUGAAUAUUAAUCAGAUUAAGUGUUAAUUAGUUGUAUGUGUCCAAUUAUAGUGCAGUGUUGUUUUUCCCAUGUAGAUACCGGUGCCUCGGUGUUGAUCAAUAAUUAUUCCUAGCUCACGUCUAUGGUGAAUUGGAAUGUGUUGUGUGAAUGGGAUGGUUGGUGUUUGUAUUUAAUCACGGCAGAGUGCUCUUUUCAAGCCCUCUGCCUUCAGCGCAUACUACAAGACUAGCAUUUAGAGUACAUGCCUGCAAUGCAUCGUGGGAUAGGAUCAGAUAAAAGGGGGAACACAAGCCGUGUGUCUGGGGUCUCCUAUCUCGUCUGAAAUUAAGCUGAACUGUCAAGUGUACUAUAUAUAUAUAUGUGCUCUGGCGGAAUGACUUUUUAAAGUCUGAUCUUUUUAUCCGUCUCAUAGUGCUUUGCCCUUAACAUGAUAUUAACUAUUUCCUGUGUUUUUAGUUAGUAACUAACGAACCCUAUAUCAUUGUAUUCUACCCCUAAUCCCUCUGCAGAAGAUUUAAUCAUGAUCAAUUUGCAUGUAGUGUCUUUAGUGAUACGGGAGUGCCAGUUUAGAAACUCUCUAGACGGUAUUUCUCUGCCUCAGUAACGUCUCUAGAUUAGAAAUUUGAUAAUCUGUUUUUUGAUCGAGUCCUUAUAUAUAUCUUGCUUACUCAUUCAUGAGGGCCUAUGGAAAUUGUGCUCCUAUGGAAUCUUUGGUAAAAAAGCUUUAAAAACCAUUUGUAGCCAGGAAAUGAUUCGAGUCUAUAUAUGAUUCAGGAUAUAAUAUACUAAUAUAAUAAUAAAGUUGAUAAUAUAUUCUUGUUAAAACGUAAUAGUGCCUUAGAAUCUAGGAGUAUGUGAAUAUCAUGUUUUUGAUCUACAAUAUUUUUCCUACAGUUAGGGUUAAUUAACCUUUUUGAGUAAUGGGUAAAAAUCAGCUGUGUACUAGCUUAGUAUUGACAAAUCUAUAAUUUUUGGUUAAAAGGGGUUAAAUUCAGAUUGAAUUUUGUUGAAUGAUUUUUAGGUGGUAAUAUAGAAGUUCUGAGACUAAUAGCGAGUGGGUUAAGUAUCCUUCUUUUCAAGGAAUGUAUUUGUACAAGCUGAGUGGGAUGUAUAGUAUUAAUUAAAAAGCAAUACAUAAAACCAAUGGGUGAAUCUGGAGAGCUGUUUAACAAGCCGGGGUAGUAAUGGAAACAUAGAAUCAGAAAAUAUUUUGUCAGUAUAUAGCCAUUACUGAAAAAAUUUAAGGAAAUGUACAUGAUAGAAGAAAGAAGUCUUUUGAUAUUUAUGUAGAUUAUUUGUUUUAUUUGUUAUGUCAUGAAAAUAUUUCAGUAUUUCCUCCAUUACUGCUGGCAGUCAAUGUGUAUUGUAAUCUUUGCCAUUAAACACAUAUAAAUUGGUGCUAUCAAAAUAUUCUUCUUACUGGUUAAUAAUAAUGCAUAAUUUAAAAAAGAAUUGUAAGGAUAUCUUGGAUGUCAAGUUACUGUAGUGAAAUGUACAGAUUUGGUGUGACUUGAAGUUUAUUUUUUAUGUAUGGUGUCUUUUUGAAAUUUUUCUUUUCCUCUUGUGGAAUAUGUUAGAUAAGUGAAAGGUUGUUUCUUUUCAAUUUUCCCAUUUUGAAAUGUCUUUUAAUGGUCUCAGCUAUUCUGAUGCAUACAAAUAUGCUUUGAAAUUGAUGUAUUUGGUGAAAAAUUAAGAAUUGUGAACAGAAUAGACUACUGCUGUUUAAUGCAAAUUGAGAAAAGCUCAUCUGAUAGAAUAGCUGGUGAAGAUUGUUGUCCUUCAAUGAAGAAUUGGAUUUUGUUUAUCUGUAAAGAAGUGUUCAAACCGGGAGACCUUUCUAUAAGUUUGCAUAUCUUAAAUGUGGUAAUCCUACUCAAUAUAUAUAAAAAAAAACCAAAUAAUGAAAAUCAUACAGUCAAAAAUGCUUUGUCAGAAUAUGUAUUAUGUAUUCCAGGAUUGAGUAGUUAAACAUAACGUGAUGUAGCAUUUAGUAUAACCUUGUACUCACACAUCUGCACAUUGUGUAGUAUUAUCCAAGAUAAGUGAACAUUGUUGUACUGGUGACAAAUAGUGUUCACAUUUACAUGUAUGGCUAAUAAAGCUUAUAUUUCUGGUUGGAGUAUAUUGUAUUACACAGUGAACCGGUAGUGUUCUGUCGAUGGUGUCACAUGUCAUGAUCAAUCCAAAUCCUCAAAAGCUGUAAAAUUCAUCCCCCCCCCUGGAAGUUCUGUACACAAAGUGAACUCGAAACUCAGAUUACUGACUCCUUUUCCUGUUUCAAUGUAGUGCGGUGUAAUGUUCAGGUUUCUAGGAAAGUGUAUUCAAGAUUUGUUGAAGUUUUUCUCAUGAAAUCCAGA